AUGAAUAAACGCAUCGCACGCAUCAGCACGAGCCGCGUGCGCGAGCCGGACAUGGGACGCAGGACCCGUGGUGAGACGGGCUUCAGGAGUGUGCUGGCGGGGGGUCGUGACCUCAGGAUCAUAGCCGGUGAAAACGCCCAAAUCAUCACCUUCACCGUCAAACCUUCCUCUGUGUUCCCUUCAGUGAAGGGCCCCAAUGCCCAGCGGCAAACCCAGGUCAGCGAAGCUGCUGCCGACAGCGUGGGGCCCCCUCCAUCUCCUCCCUCCACCCCACUGCCCCCCAACAUCACGGGAUCACACCCAGCCAUCGACUCAAAUCAUGAGCGACGUACAGUCACCUGUCGGAGCAUCGAGAGAAAAGUACAGUCUGAGACGAUGCAGCGGAAAAGCUUCAGGAAAAUCCCCCCCGUGAUUAGCAAACCCAGAGAAUGGGCCGCCGUGAGCGCCAUCACCCCCGUGAGAGUGUUCGGUGGCGACGGCCACCUGCUGCCACACGAGAGGGAGGAGCAACCCCUGCCCCAGCAGCGCGUCACUGACAUCGGAAGCCGCAGCAGCAAGACUCUGGCCCAGUUCUGCCCGGGACAGCGCCCGGGACCAAUGUCCGCGUGCGACAGGACAUGCGGCGUUUUUGAAACUGCGGAGAACGAGCCUGCCAACGUGGAGGAACUAGCCUUCAAGUUCGCCGUCACCAGCGUCAACAGGAACCGCAGCCUGAUGCCCAACGCCACCCUCACCUACGACAUCCAGAGAAUCGCCCCUUUCGACAGCUUUGACGCCUCGCAGAGAGGUCUGAUCCGCCUGCAGGAGCUCAUCAAGGCCCCCUCCAGACACAACCUCCGGCUCAGGAUCCGGCAGCUGCCCCCCGGGACCAAGGACGCCAAGGCCCUGCUCAAGGAGAUGAAGGGGGCCCGCGAGUUCCACGUGAUCUUCGACUGCUCCCUGGAGACGGCCGCCCAGGUCCUGCAGCAGAUCCUGUUCAUGGGCAUGAUGACGGAGCACUACCACUACCUCUUCACCACCCUGGGGCCCCUGGGUUUACUCCCGGCAGCUGACCACCUGCCCGGGACGUCCCAGCGUCCCCAGCGGGACGCGCCCCGAAGCUCCGGUUCUGCCGAGACGGCCGCCCAGCUGGCCGUCAGCUCCCUGCAGUGCCACCGACACAAGCCCUGGCGCCUGGGACCCAGAUUCAUGAACCUGAUCAGAGAGGCCCAGUGGGAUGGCCUGACCGGGAGGAUCGCCUUCAACAAGACGGACGGCCUGAGGAAGGACUUCGACCUGGACAUCCUCGGUCUCGGGGAGGGAGGCACCGAGAAGGAGGAGCCCUACGUGAUGUACAGGAAGUCGGACAAGCCCCUGUUCGGAAACGACAGGUUCGAAGGGUACUGCCUGGACCUUCUGAAGGAGCUGUCCGCCAUGCUGGGCUUCAUUUACGAUGUCAGACUCGUCCCCGACGGCAGAUACGGAGCCCAGGACGACCAGGGCGAGUGGAACGGGAUGGUCCGGGAGCUGAUGGACCACAGGGCGGACCUGGCCGUGGCCCCGCUCACCAUCACCUACGUGCGCGAGACGGUCAUCGACUUCUCCAAGCCCUUCAUGACCCUGGGCAUCGGCAUCCUCUACCGCAAGCCCCGCGGCGCCACAAACGCGGGCGCAGUGUCUGCCGCUCCCCGAAACCCCGGGUCCAUGACCAUCAGCCCCCAGACGCUGCCUGUUCUCCGAGAAGCUGAGAGCAUCCGGCGACACGGGCCCCGCGGACGGUGGUGCCCAGGGUCCGAGCUGGUGCCCAAGGCGCUGUCCACCAGGAUCCUCGCCGGCAGCUGGUGGUGCUUCGCCCUCGUCGUCCUCUCGUCCUACACGGCCAACCUGGCCGCCUUCCUGACCGUGGAGAGAAUGGAGGCCCCCAUCGGCUCGGCCGACGACCUGGCCAAGCAAACCAGGAUCGAGUACGGCGCCGUCCGGGACGGCUCCACCGUGGCCUUCUUCAAGAAGUCCAGGAUCUCCACCUACGAGAAGAUGUGGGCCUUCAUGGGCAGCAGGCAGCAGACGGCCCUGGUGAGGAGCAGCGAGGACGGCAUCCAGCGCGUGCUCACCGCCGACUACGCGCUGCUCAUGGAGUCGACCAGCAUCGAGUACGUGACCCAGAGGAACUGCAGCCUCACGCAGAUCGGGGGCCUCAUCGACUCCAAGGGCUACGGCGUGGGGACCCCGAUGGGGCUCCAAGGCCUGAGUGGACUGACCACUGAGGCAAAGGCCCCCAUAGGUCAGAGGCCUGUUCUGAGUCUGCAAUCCCAGAUACGUAACCGAGUAAACUUUGAAGUCACUACUCCUUUCGAGUUCUAGUAUCCGGUUGAGCCUGUAGGUUUCUAU